ACAAGGGUAUAACUUCAACGCUUUGGUAUUAGAAGAUUUUCAAUGGAAUAAUGAAUGAGUAGAUGCCAAUGAGGAAGUUGUUCAUUUGGGAGAUGAUCUUUUGUGGAGUCAUGUGGAUGAGGCAACUGGUGCUUCAAACAAUCUUGAGGGACGUGACUUGCGUAGGAGAAGUGGUACAAGUUGCACAAGUGAACGUGCAACUGUGCAAACCCUUUUGGGAUGAAGAUCUCUUCCACGGAGUUUUACUAUUUGUUUCAAAUGAGGCCCAUGAUGGUGGUGUUAUCGCUGUGGAGCUCUUUAGGGUGAUAGGCAGUGCCCCCCAACUCAUUACAAUUGGAGCUGAUAAAAAUUUAGUAAUAUGGGAUACAUUUGCAUUUAAGGAGGUACGUAAAAUGAAACCGGGUUCAAAAAUGACUUGCCAUAGUGUGGCAUCUUGGUGCCACCCUCGUGCUCCAAACAUUGAUACCUUGACAUGUGUUAAAGAUUCCCAUAUUUUGGCUAUUGAAUACCCCACUUAUUCAGCUCUUACAAGGACUACUUUUUGUGAUCUAUCUUCACUAGUGUCAACUACUUGUUUCACACAUGAAGCUCAGAAUGGGACCUCAAAUGUGCUCAUGAGGUCCGCGGGCAUACGCAGUGAACCGGUUAUUAAUUUGCAUGGUGGUGCACUACUCGGUGUUGCCUAUCGAACUUCUCGGAGAAUUAGUCCUGCUGCAGCUACAGCAAUAUCAACUUUUCAGUCCAUGCCGCUGUCAGGCUUUGAGAAUGGUGCUGCUUCUUCUUUUAACACUUUUGAUGAUGAAUUUUCUUCUCAACGAAAUUCAACUGAAGCACCUGCACAGAACUUCCAAUUGUACAGAUGGGAAACAUUUGAGCCAGUUGCGUUGUACAGCGCAAUGUAUUCUGCCAUCAUUGUAGAAGUUGCAGUCAACUCUUGCUUAUGACUCUUCCACGAGAUAGGUCCGCCAGCUAACAUAAAGAUAUACCCUGAAGUGGAUUUCUUGUCAUCUUUGCACUUAGCAAAAUCAGAAUCAGAAUAACCAACCACUUCUAAAUUAUCACUCCUUCUGUAAGUCAGUUUAUAGUCUUUUGUCCCUU